CCGGAAGUCGUCUUGCCUGAAUCCUGUUCAGCUCAAAUCCUUCUGACUGUGCGUCGCAAGUGUAGCUGGAGAAGGAAGUGGCAGAUGAGUGAGAUUAUCCACGACUACGCAAGAGCAACCUACCGGUGGUUACCGUACACAGGCGAUUCAGACGGAGCGAACAGGUUGGUGGCUAGUAGAAAAUGGGCAACGUUGACUCCAAACUCAACUUCAGAAAAGCUGUGAUACAACUGACAACCAAAACACAGCCCGUGGAGGCUACGGACCAUGCCUUCUGGGACCAGUUCUGGGCGGAUACUGCCACUACCGUCCAGGAUGUGUUUGCUCUGGUGCCGGCAGCGGAGAUACGAGCUGUCAGAGAAGAAUCUCCCUCCAAUCUGGCAACCCUCUGUUACAAGGCAGUGGAGAAGCUUGUCCAGGGCGCUGACUCUGGUUGUCCCUCGGAGAAGGAGAGACAGAUCGUCCUCAACUGCAUCCGUCUGCUCACACGUAUCCUACCGUAUAUCUUUGAGGACGCAGACUGGAGAGGCUUCUUCUGGUCCACCGUGCCUGGUGCCGGCAGAGCUGGGCAGGAUGAAGGUGAUGAUGAUGAUGAUGGAGCGAGGCCCCUGGCUGAGUCUCUCCUCCUGGCUGUAUCUGACCUGCUUUUCUGUCCAGACUUCACCGUCCAGAGCCACAAGAGGACAGGUUCGGACACAGCGGAGGACAUACAGUCCAUAGACAGCUGUGAGUACAUCUGGGAGGCAGGAGUGGGGUUCGCUCAGUCCCCCCCACUCAACUACACCCACGACCUCAACAGGACGGAGCUGCUGAAGCUGCUGUUGACCUGUUUCUCUGAGGCCAUGUACCUGCCCCCCUCUGCUGACAACAUCCUCAACCCCUGGGUUACCUUCUUCUGCGCUACAGACAACCGACAUGCCCUGCCUCUCUUCACGUCUCUCCUCAAUGUGGUGUGUGCCUAUGACGCAGUGGGUUACGGUAUCCCUUACAAUCACCUGAUGUUCUCUGACUACCGAGAGGUGUUGGUGGAGCAUGCUGUCCAGGUCCUCAUAGUGACUCUGGAGCACGAGGCCGGGCCAGCCGCAGCACAACACAGCCUGGACCAUUCCGCCUCCGCCAUGGAGGACCUAGAGCCUGUGGGACCAGACAACCUGUUUGUAAACUACCUGUCCAGGAUCCAUAGGGAGGAGGACUUCAGCUUCAUCCUGAAGGGUCUGGCCAGACUGAUGACCAACCCUCUGAUCCAGACCUACCUGCCCAACUCAGCCAAGAAGAUCCGGUUCCACCAGGAGCUACUGGUGCUCUUCUGGAAGCUCUGUGACUUCAACAAGAAGUUCCUGUUCUUCGUGUUGAAGAGCAGUGAUGUUCUGGAUGUCCUUGUGCCUAUCCUGUUUUACCUGAAUGAUGCACGGGCUGACCAGUCUCGUGUGGGCCUGGUACACAUCGGUGUGUUUAUCCUGCUGCUGCUGAGUGGAGAGAGGAACUUUGGUGUGCGUUUGAAUAAACCCUACUCUGUACGAGUCCCCAUGGACAUCCCUGUGUUCACUGGAACUCAUGCUGACCUGCUCAUAGUGAUAUUCCACAAGAUCAUCACUAGUGGACAUCAACGCCUGCAGCCCCUCUUUGACUGCCUGCUCACUAUCGUAGUGAACGUGUCUCCUUACCUGAAGAGUCUGUCCAUGGUGGCAGCUAACAAGCUGCUCCACCUCCUGGAAGCCUUCUCCACCAACUGGUUCCUCUUCUCUGCCUCCCAGAACCACCAUCUUGUCUUCUUCCUGCUGGAGGUCUUCAACAACCUCAUCCAGUAUCAGUUUGAUGGUAACUGUAACCUGGUGUACGCCAUCAUCCGUAAGCGCAACAUCUUCCACCAGCUGGCCAAUCUGUCCUCUGACCCAGCCACCAUCCACAAGGCCCUGCAGAUGAAGAAGAGGAAGAAGACUACCACGGCCAUUAUCUCCCGGAUCAACUCCCAGGAGACCAUCUCCAUGGAGGGGUCCCGACCGGCCAUCCCAGCUGAGCCAGGGACACUCAAAGCCAGUCUCGUGGCCAUACCAGCUAUUGACAAGCUGACAGAGAAGGCUCAGGUCUCUGAGGAUGGCACCAUGGUCUGUCUCCAGCACAUGACCAUUGACCAAAACGUCCACUCUCCCCAACACACUCCCUCUCCCCAACACACUCCCUCUCCGCAGUCCCUUGCCGCUGACACCAGUGGUAUAGCUGGAGCCAGCGACACAGAGUCCAACUCGGGGAGAGAUAACGAGGAGGCCUUUCAACCAGAGUCAGAGCUGGCCAGAAGUCGUUUGUCCAGUGUAUCAUCAUCAGCUGUGUACUGGAACCCCACUCCAGACUGGGUCCUCUCCUGGAAGAGUAAGCUUCCUCUCCAGACGAUCAUGAGGCUGCUACAAGUUCUGGUUCCUCAGGUGGAGAAGAUCUGCAUAGACAAGGGUCUGACCGACGAGUCAGAGAUCCUGAAGUUCCUGCAGCAUGGGACCCUGGUGGGCCUGCUGCCUGUACCUCACCCCAUCUUAAUCAGGAAGUACCAGGCCAACGCGGGCACCGCCAUGUGGUUCCGCACAUACAUGUGGGGAGUAAUCUACCUACGUAACGUGGAUCCCCCGAUCUGGUAUGACACUGACGUCAGACUGUUUGAGAUUCAGAGGAUCUAAGUGGAGCUGGUGAACAGGUCUCUACGACUGCGGCCCAAAUGGCACCCUAUCCUGUUCACAGUGCACCACUUUUGACGAGCCCUAUGGGCCCCUGUAAAAAGUAGUGCCCCUACAUAGGGGGUAGAGCGCCAUUUGGGAAGCAGACAACGUCUCUCGGGAAUGGCUGGUUCGCCCUCGGGAACCACCGACCGCUCUCUCGCCAACUGCCAUCUUCAAACCUGAACAGAAGUGUGGAAGAGGAGGAUGAAGAUUUUCACCAGACACACCUGUUCUAGAAAACAGGAAUUUACAGUGUUUGUUUUCUCUAUUUUGUUUCUUGCGAAGUGCCAACCCAUAGAACAUCAUGUAACAAACCACUGUCACGAAACCACUUUUCCUACAAGCUGUCUGCUACUACAACUGCCAGAAGGUCUGCCAUGUUAACCCUCUUCUAGUCAUGAUUUGGCAGCUUUCCAUAUAUUCCUUUAUUGAUUUGAUGUGUGUGUUUUUUUUGACAAACAAACAUGUAUCCACUACUGUAUGUACACUUCCGUUCAAAAGUUUGGGGUCACAUAGAAAUGUCCUUGUUUUUGGAAAAAAAAUGAUUUUUUUUUUUGUCCAUUAAAAUAACAUCAGAUUGAUCAGAAAUACAGUCUAGACAUUGUUAAUGUCUUAAAUGACUAUUGUAGCUGGAAACGGCAGAUUUUUUAUGGAAUAUCUACAUCGGCAUACAGAGACCCAUUAUCAGCAACCAUCACUCCUGUGUUCCACUGGCACGUUGUGUUAGCUAAUCCAAGUUUAUCAUUUUAAAAGGCUAAUUGAUCAUUAGAAAACAAUUUCGCAAUUAUGUUAGCACAGCUGAAGACUGUUGUCCUGAUUAAAGAAGCAAUAAAACUGGCCUUUAGAUUAGUUGAGUAUCUGGAGCAUCAGCAUUUGUGGGUUUGAUUACAGGCUCAAAAUGGCCAGAAACAAAUUACUUUCUUCUGAAAUUCCAGUUCAGAGUCAGUCUAUUCCUGUUCUGAGAAAUGAAGGGUAUUCCAUGCGAGAAAUUGCCAGAUGGUGCUGUUCUAUGAAGGGAGUAGUACACAGCUUUUAGUUUCUUGGCAAUUUCUCUCAUGGAAUGGCUUUCAUUUCUCAGAACAAGAAGACUGAUGAAUUUCAGAAGAAAGUUAUUUGUUUCUUGUCAUUUUGAGCCUGUAAUCGAACCCACAAAUGCUGAUGCUCCAGAUACUCAACUAGUCUAAAGAAGGCCAGUUUUAUUGCUUCUUUAAUCAGGACAACAGUUUUCAGCUGUGCUAACAUAAUUUUAAAAUAGUUUUCUAAUGAUCAAUUAGCCUUUUAAAAUGAUAAACUUGGAUUAGCUAACACAACGUGCCAUUGGAACACAGGAGUGAUGGUUGCUGAUAAUGGGUCUCUGUACGCCGAUGUAGAUAUUCCAUAAAAAAUCUGCAGUUUCCAGCUACAAUAGUCAUUUACGACAUUAACAAUGUCUAGACUGUAUUUCUGAUCAAUCUGAUGUUAUUUUAAUGGACAAAAAAAAAAAUCAUUUUUUUUCCAAAAACAAGGACAUUUCUAAGUGACCCCAAACUUUUAUACAAUAGUAUAUAUGUUACUAAGAUUGUUUAAAUGUUUUAGAUGAAGAUUUAUAGGACUUAUUAUUUUCAGUUUCUAUUCUUGAAAUGCUUUUAUGUAAAGUACACAUUUUUGGUAUCCCUUUUAUCACAGUAAGGCUCAUUUUCAUUUUGGAAGAGUGUGAAAUAGAGACUGACUGAGACAGACUAGAGAGUGACCUGGUGACUGACUGGGACCUGGGGACUGACCGGGACCUCCGUGAACUGAUUGACUGAGACAGACUAGAGAGAGACUUGGGGACUGACCGGGACCUCUGUGACCUGGGGACUGACCAGGACCUCCGUGAACUGAUUGACUGAGAGAGACUUGAGGACUGACCGGGACCUCUGUGACCUGGGGACUGACCGGGACCUCUGUGAACUGACUGACUGAGACCUGGGGACUGACCGGGACCUCUGUGAACUGACUGACUGGGACCUGGGGACUGACCGGGACCUCUGUGAACUGACUGACUGAGACCUGGGGACUGACCGGGACCUCUGUGAACUGACUGACUGGGACCUGGGGACUGACCGGGACCUCUGUGAACUGACUGACUGAGACCUGGGGACUGACCGGAACCUCUGUGAGCUGACUGACUGAGACCUGGGGACUGACCGGGACCUCUGUGAGCUGACUGACUGAGACCUGGGGACUGACCGGAACCUCUGUGAACUGACUGACUGAGACAAGAAGUGAUAUCUCUGGAAUGUAUGUAUUGGCUUUUGAACUGCAGGCAAAUGCUAUUGUAUUCUGUGUCUGAUUUCAUAAUGUCAAUAUUUUCAAAGUACUGGAAACAUAUCACAUGUAAUAAAUCAUGUAUUAUGAAUCAAA